AUGCCUCGUGGCCAACCCAGAAAAACGCGCAGCGCAGGGCCGCCCCAGACUGAGUUUGCCGCCCCGCGAGGCAAUGCCAUGUUUUCUUCCGUGUGUGUGUGUGUGUGUGUGUGGGCUUCCUUGUUUUUGGUUGUGCCUAUCGAAUUUGCCGUCUAUCUUUUUCAAAAGGAAAGGCCCCCAGCGGCUUUGCCCUCCGAUAGGAGCGGGCAAGCCUUUAGGCUUUCGCAAUGUCCAGAUUCCACCAGUUGUGAUUUUGUAUCAUUAUAUAUUGUAGUGCUGAUGUGGAUGUCGCUAUGGCUGUAAACCGAGAUUUUUGUUUAUAGAAGCGUGCACUUCAUUGUCUUUCCCGUGCUAGUUCGUGCCCACACAAUUACUACUGUUUCCAGGCAUCUGCUUGAUAAGAUCGAUCCUACGAAUGCAAUGGAGAGUUGUGACAAUAGCCAUUAAUUGCCAAGUUUCGUAGCGCCUCUUCUCAGGCACGUCGGAAACAAUACACACUGUAGCCGAGGAGGGCACUCAGAGUAUACCACCAACCAACCAACCAACCUAAGAUUCUGUCUCGCAUUUAUUCUGUUGAAGAAAGAACUACCAGAGAAUUAUGUUUGUAACACUAAGACAUCCAACUCCCCCUCUGAAACCACCAGAAUGGAGAUGAGUUUGCGUGGAUGAGAACUGGUGGAGGUGAUGAAACAAGUUCAGUCGUACAAUAUUUAUAAUGUUAACCUAGAGUAGUAAUGUAAAUUCAAAGAUGAAAAUACUCAACACCUUUACUUACAAUUUUCUUUUAUACUACAAGCUCAAAUUAACUUGUUAUCAUUCUUGCAGUUACUAUCUACACUAGGACGAAGAUCCACUGUUGACGCUGACACUUUUGGUGUCGUGUCACCCUCUAGAGACCUGACAUGCACGCAUGCCAACGCGGAGUAUUUGUGUUGUGGUCGUAAGUGUCUCGUCUUCAACGGGAUAGCUUUGCUACUCAAACGGUCUCCUCUUCGUGGGGCGACUUUAUCUUUGCUCUUCGUAGAAAAUGCAGUUUCGUGGUGACACAAAACUCGACCUGGAUAUACGUUUCCUAUUUUUACACUUGCCUCAAUUAAUUUUAUGCAGAGAACAAAUUUGAAACUCGUUGAAAAUGCACAUGUCAAAAGAUUCCUCUCUCAACUGAAUGCGGACAAAUAGGAAAAUCGUUUUCUCUUGUUACCCUUGUAUUGGAGGAAGCAAAAGCGAAUCUCUCCAAGGACCCUUGAAAGAAU